GCCUAUCAAAAUAAUUCCAAUGUUUAAAGGUCACAUAAUUAUCAUAACCUGAUUGCAAAAAAUAAGAAUUGUCAAAAAUAUUAAGUAAAAAAGACGAAAAAUUUCAGUAUCUUAAUUGCUUAUAACAUUAUAAUGAAAAUCUAAUUAUUCUGGUAUAUUAAAAUGGCUGAAUCGUUUGUGGAGCACGAAAAAUCAACCGAAUCUCUUUCAAAUGCAAGUACAAAAGAAAUAUUAGAGGAUUCCGAUCAAUCCGAAUUACCGGAAUUAGAACCUCUCGACGACGUCAAAAGCGAAGACAAUAUUAAUUGUAAAGAACAAACCAAAGAAGAAACCUCGAAACCAGAAGAAGAAACUUCAAAACCAGAAGAAGAAACCCCGAAACCAGAAUGGGUAGAUCUUCUAGGAAGCGGAGCUAUUAUGAAAAAAAUCGUCGUCGAAGGCGAACCGAAUAGUCGACCCCGAAGAAACGAAAAAUGUGUCAUAAAUUACAGUUGUUACCUGGAAGAUGAAACUUUGAUCCAACAGGAACGAAAUUUCGAAUUGAAUUUAGGAGAAUCUGAUGUUAUACAAGGUCUAGAUAUUUGUUUAGGGCUUAUGAAUAUUAACGAAACGUGUAAGCUGAAGAUCGAACCGAGAUUGGCUUAUGGUAAAAAGGGUUUACCUCCGAAAAUACCGAGCGACGCGGUGGUUAUUUUCGAAGUGCAAUUAGUAAGCGUCGAACCUGAAGACGACAUAGAUACCAUGGCGAUAGCGCAAAGAAGAAAAAAAGGAAAUAAGAAGAGGGAACGGGGUAAUUGGUGGUACACGCGAGGGGAGAACACCAUCGCUAUCCAAUGCUACCGGAGGGCGUUGGAUUAUUUGGACGAAGUCGAAGGGGGGGAUAAUACCAAAGGGGAAGUAUCAGAUUCGGAUUUACAGAGUAUACUGGAGGAUAGGAUUAGCGUUUAUAAUAAUAUGGCGGCGGCGCAUAUUAAGAUCGAACAGUUCGGGGCGGCGCUUAAUUCGCUUCAAAUCGUGCUUAGAUGUCAGCCUGAUAACGUUAAGGCUCAUUUCCGAAAAGCUAAAGCGUAUAUUGGACAAAACGAUUUGCCGACGGCAAUGAAAUGUUUGCAAAAGGCGAAGGAAUUAUCGCCGAACGAUCCGGAAAUUCAAAAAGAAAUGAACAAUUUAUCGAAAAUGUUGCUUAAGCAAAAGAUGUCCGAAAAGGAAUUGGCGAAACGAAUGUUUAACGGUUCCUCCAAAUCUGCAGAAACCAAUAAAAAGGCACCAGAAGGUAGAAAGAUCUUCUUGUGGGCCACAAUAGGAGCGGCCGUAGCGGCUGGAGUUGCAGGCGUCGUAGCUUACCGUUUAAAAAUUUAAUCAAAAUAAAAUCACUACCACUAAACUACCCAGUAUGCAUUUAAUUAGAAUAUUUCUUUUAAUAUGUUCGAAUUUUCGUUUUUUUUUUAUAUAUAUAUUUUGUCGGUGAGGAGAUUUCGUGUUGGUGAAUUUACGAAUUUUACAAUUGUCUGUUGUUUGUUCAUUUUUUUACAUUUUAAAUGAUCAUCGUUACCUGUCGUGAACUUUGACGCAUUUUUUCCUACGCUUGGCUGUUGAUAUCUUGAGAAAUUGAUUCGAAAACGAACUGAAUUGAUCACAAUCACUUUAUAUUACGAAGAUUAAAGACAGUGUAUUUGUUCAUACCAUUAAUAAAUUGUCUUUAAACUCA